AUGGAGUUCCUUCCAGCACUCCAGCAUGGCAUAGACGACCUCAAGCCCUCGCUCUUCGAACUCCUUUCGGAGCAGCAACUCGCAUCGCUCCUGCCCCCAUCGCUGCGCUACCUCCUCGCCAUCACAACACCCCGAUAUCCGCGAUACCUACUUCCCAUACUCAAUUCCUUCGAUGAGGUCUACGCGCUGCUUAUGCUGCUCGUCGAGCGCCACUUCCUGCGUACAUACGGCGGAUCCUUCACCGAGAACUUCUAUGGUCUCAAGCGCGCUCGGGUGCUGAGAGUGCGAGGAGGCGAGAUACCGCGCGCACAACUAGGUGCAUCUGACAGCGUGCGUGAGGCUGUCAAGCUGGGCAAUGGUGACAUCUGGAAGAACCUUGCCGUGCUCGUUGGCCUGCCGUGGCUGAAGAGGAAGUUCGACGAGGGCUACGACGUUCACGCUGCGCAUGCGAACCUCCUGGGCCCUGGCUACAACCGGGAUAGAGAAGGAUUACAGGCCGGAGCGACUGUCAAGGAGCGACUGAUGCACUACUACAAGUGGUUUCUACGGAACAUAUACCCCAGUAUGAAUGCCGCCUACUACUUCUCCUUGCUGGCAUUCAACAUGGCAUACCUCUUUGAUGGCACAAAGUAUCACUCGCCCUUCAUGUGGUUGAUCGGUUCACGGAUACGGAGAUUGGGCGAGGCGGACCACAGGGCGAUUGAGAUUGCAACCGCACCAAGAAAGGUUGGGCCUGCGCGGCCUGGAGAAGGCGGAUCCAUCUUCUCACCAAGAAACAUUGCGAGGAGCAUCGAGCCGCGGUUGUUGAGUUCGCUAAAGAUACUUCUCCCGACCAGUAUCUUUGCACUCAAGUUUCUAGAGUGGUGGCAUGCCUCAGACUUUGCCCGACAGCUAUCGAGGAAAGCCGCUGAGAACAUCGAUCUCCCACCACCGAUACUGCCAUCCCUUCCACCUUCUGCAAAGCAGCAAUCGUCGAAGCAGGCAGAAUCCUCCGAAAAGGCGCGUCCAGCAUCGUCUUUGUCAGACAAACCCCAACGAAUCGACCCUCCGAUAUCCUCAACCACCCUACUCCCCAUCCUCACCGUACCUACACCACCCUCAUCAGCCUUGUGUCCGAUCUGUGUUACACCCAUCAUAACUCCAACAGCAUCGCCCACAGGAUUCGUCUACUGCUACACUUGCAUACACCGAUGGGUUGGAGGUGAGCAUGAUCGCCAGCUCGCCUUCAUGGAGGGUGCCGCAGGAUUCCGAACGGGAGACGACGGGGAAGCAGAAGACGAGGGCUGGGGCAGGGAAGAAGGAAGCCGCGAAGGAAGAUGGGAGAGCGGUAAAGGACGGGAUGCUGUCACUGGAAGGAGAAUUCUGGGAGGUACUGAGGGUUUGAGGAGAGUGGUUGUCUAA